GGCAGUUUGCACUGGGACGAUUCCAACCUUCUUCUUCUUCCUCUGUUCACAUUGAGCAUGUGAAUCUCGAGGUGGUCGAGCUCUUUCGAAGCCCUAUAAAACGCCAUGGAUUGCUUGGGGAGAGUUCAGGUGAGCCUUGUGUUCCGACGCCUAAAAGAUCAUGGCUUCCGGUACCGUGGCUGUGGCUCCCAACUCCUGCUGCUUCCAUGUUUCUUCAGCAAAACCCAGAUUCCACUCCAUUCUGAUGAACCACCCUCCAAAAUCUUCUCUUAGGAUGAGAGCUCAGGGCCUGGGAAUCUCCGAAACCUUCUCCGAUUUAAGAAGACAAGGAAGAGUUGCAUUUAUGCCAUACAUCACUGCUGGUGAUCCUGAUCUAUCGACAACAGCAAAAGCCCUGAAGCUACUGGACUCUUGUGGUGCUGAUAUAAUCGAGUUGGGGUUGCCAUACAAUAAUCCUAUUUUGGAUGGUCCUGUGAUACAGGCAUCAAACAAAAGAGCCUUGGCUGGCAAGACAAACAUGGAAGCAGUCAUCUCCAUGUUAAAGGAGAUGGUUCCACAAAUCUCUUGUCCGAUUGUAAUAUUCUCAUAUUACAAUCUAAUACUGGCCCGCAGAAGUGAAUGGUUCUUGUCUGCAUUGGAAGAUGCUGGUGUCAAAGGGCUUAUUGUGCCAGACCUUCCAUUUGAAGAGAGUGCUGAUUUGAAGAGAGAAGCUGCCAAGAAAAACGUUGAUAUGGUUUUGCUCACUACACCUACUACCACAAACAAGAAAAUGAAGGCCAUUUCUGAUGCUUCAGAAGGAUUCAUAUACCUAGUAAGUUCUGCUGGAGUUACUGGUGUAAGAGACACUGUGAAUAGACAAGUCCAGUUUCUUCUCAAGGAAAUCAAAGAGAAAACUGCAAAGCCUGUUGCGGUUGGCUUUGGCAUAUCAAAACCAGAGCAUGUUAAACAGGUCAGUAACACAAUUGAUCUGCUCUUGUCAAGCCUUGUUUCUGAGAUUAACACCAGCAAAAUGCUGCUUCAGCUUUCAUUGUGGGGAGCUGAUGGUGUUAUCGUCGGAAGCGCAAUUGUUAAGCGGUUAGGCGAAGCUAAUUCCACAGAAGAAGGAUUAAAGCAUGUGGAAUCCUUUGUGGCAUCUUUAACAGCAGCACUUCCUCACGGGGAUCAGGGACUUGGUGAAGAGCAUGCUUCUUCCUUCAUCUUGCAACAGAGGAGAAAAUUGUGGCAAGUACCGCGAUCUGCAUCUUCCUCUUCUCUGCAUCAGCAUCACUGAGGACGUCAGAAACUAGUCUACAUUCCCAUCCGCUUGUGGUCAUUGUAGAUUGAUGAAUGAGUGCUAUUAUCCAAGUCAAAAGUACAAAAUGGUGCUUGUGGGCCAUAAAACAAGAAAUUAUCUUGUGCAAGCAAUGGAGUCUUCUUAGAUGUUGAUAUACUAAAUAUUUUGGUCUUC